ACCAAUUAAAGCUACCACAUGAACUCGUUUGGAUGGAUAUUACUUCAGUAGAAGAAGCAUAUUCCGCUAUCAGGAAUAUGAACAUACGAGGUGCACCAGCAUUGGCAUCCUUAGCUACUCUUUCUGUCGCACAGAGAUUGCACAAUAGCAGCUACAACAACUCUCAAGAGCUUAAGAAAGAAGUAAAGCAAGUUUGCGAUUACCUCUAUCAAUCCAGACCAACAGCUGUAAACCUUGGUAUUGCUCUUGACCAGCUUAGACAGGCUGCAGAGAUAGACAGUGACAGCGUUGACAACAUAAAGAAGGCUGUAAUUUACCAAGCCAUUCUAGUUUGGUCAGAGGACGUCGAGAGAAAUAAGCAGAUGUCUGAUAAUGGCGCACAAUGGCUUAUCAACAAUUUAGAAUCAUCCGGGAAGAUCGAAAAAGGCGGCAAAAUAUCAAUCCUGACUGUCUGUAAUACUGGUUCAUUGGCAACUUCAGGUUAUGGUACUGCAUUUGGUAUGAUCACUCGUUUGCAUGAGUUAGGUAGACUUGAAAGAGCAUACUAUGCUCAAACAACGCCUUACCAUCAAGGUACCAGACUAACCGCUUUUGAAUUCACUCAGUUGGGCAUACCAAGUUGUUUAGUAUGUGAUACGGCUGUCGGAUCACUCAUUUCAUCCGGUAUCGUCCAAGCAGUCACUGUCGGUGCUGACAGAAUCGCACUUAAUGGUGAUACAGCUAACAAAAUUGGUACAAUGCAAUCAGCAAUGUUUGCUAAAACGUUCAAUAUUCCGUUCACAGUUGUUGCUCCACGCGCCAGUGUGGACUCCAACUUGAACGAUGGUCGGUCGAUUCCUAUUGAAUUGCGUGCAGCUAGCGAAGCUGUAACUGUCCGCGGUAUUGAAUUAGAUAGUGGGAAGCAAACAUCUGUACGUAUCGCACCUAAAGAAGUCGGUGCGACUGGGUUACAUACCGUAUACAACCCUGGAUUCGAUAUUACGCCAUCACAACUCAUCUCUGCUGUUGUUCUCGAGACUGGUGUAGCUGAGAGCAAGAAUGGUAGUAUCGACGUUAAGUCCUUGCUGUGAUUUCAUUUGAUAUACAACUUUAGAUUUACAUAGUCAUCAUGUUCGGAUUGCGUAGACAAAUGCGUCAGACCCCUUACCUGUUGCACAUUGCUGGUGCGUCGCAAUGAGAUCCCCAGCCGCCUCAUGCUUCUGUAGAAGAUCAUAUACUUGACGAUUACCAAUAACAUUUGGAGAGUCCUCAGUCGGAUCGAGGAAACGUUGUGCAUUCUGAACAGUAUUGUCGACAACAAUGAUUGCACCUUUACGUGUGCGCUUAAUGGCUUCAGUGAGGUACACAGGUGAAUUGUUUUUAUCAGCGUCAAUGAAAACAAAGUCAAAGUUAUCGUCUAAAGUAACUAUAGUGUCAAGUGCAGGUCCUGUGCGAAUAUCUACUUGCGCCGAGACGUUGGCGUUGCGAAUGUUAUCGCGUGCGACAUCUGCAAAAGCCGGGUUAAACUCGCAACUUAUGAGUUUUCCAUCUGCUGGGAGAGACCUUGCAAGCCAUAUGCUACUAUAACCCCCAAGUGUGCCCACUUCGAGGAUCCUUUUGGCACCGAUAAGUUUAGCCUGCAUCAUGAGGAACUUCCCUUGUGUUGCACUGACACUGAUAGGUGGUAGACCAUUCUUUGCGCUGUUUUUGAGUGCAUAAGACAAGGCUGGAUCAUUACCUAUGAGCUUGCCCUCAGCGAAUUCAUCUACUUGUUGGAAUAUAGCGGUUUCUGUUAACAUGAUUGUAGAGUUUGAAAUUGAUUGUUGCUAUUUAUGGCAUGAGUCCCAUUUACAUCGGGAUUUCGAUUACAUCAGUCCGAAUGAUAAAGAUCAAUUAGGUACGGACUGCGUAGCUAUAUGUACAUAACGUCUUUCAAAGUAUGUAUAUGUAUGUAAGUAUCAAUGCUAGGGUCACCAUUUGCUUUUCGUCAGAAUUUCUAGUACACAAUCUCG